AAGUUUCACUCGGAUUACUUCACGAUUCGUGAGUGGGCAGCACCACACCCUAGGCCUCGUCCGAUUAUAUAUAUCCCGGAGCCUCUUGGACACAUUCACUCCUGGUCUUGUGUUUGGUGGUGCAGCGGUUAAGUACAGUACACGAUAAUGCGUGUGCUGCUCCUGUGUUGUGUUGUGGGGGCGGCCCUGGCCUGGCACCAGCCCACUGCCCCUCUACAAACUUGUGAGGACACUGUCCACACUAUCACCAGUGGUCAUACCGAGAUCUCUCCAGUAACGUCCCUCGUCACCUUGUACACACACAUAUUCGUGUAUAAAGACAUUAACAUAACCUCAACCAUCAUGCAACCAUCAACAGUGAUUGUGACUUCGAGAAUGACUGAUUUUCCGGAUCUCGUGACGGUGACAGCCACGAACUCUCUCACCUCUACCGUCUUUGUGGCCAGUAAUGACACCAUAUCUGACACACAAUUUGUGACACGUACUUGCAACAUCAUGAUGACCAAUAUUCAUGUGGGUUUUGUGUACUGGAGCAAAACGCGAACUUCAACACUCACAACCACCAAUACGGACACGAAACAGUUGACGGAAACGCUGUACAGGACACGUAUUUGCACUUCUACUGAUUACAAGACACUUAGGGGAACCUCUCGAGUGCCAGAGUUCGUCACCGUCACCACACCCGUAAUCAGCCGAAUAUAUGUGACCACGACGACCUUCCACUAUCACACCGUCGAAGUGACCACCACUUUGUUGACAUCCAUCGAGACGGAGUCCACUUAUUGUCCCACGGAGACCAGCAAGUUUGACAUAAAGCAACAUUUAGAAUCUAAAGUCCAAGACUUUAGCGAGAAACUUUCAGAGUUAAAAGAUAUACAUAUUGCAGAGAAACAGCAUUUCCACUCUAAGGUUCAAGACUUUAAUGAACAUGUUUCAGAAAUUGGUGAUGUUAUCUUAGACUUAAAAAAGAAACAUCUUGCCCACAAACAUAAGGCAUUCUUCAACCAUGUGCCAUAAGGCAUCUACCAAAAUAACUUAGAUAAUUGGGCGCGUUUACUGUCGCCUGAUGCCCCUCUCCACCUAGCAGUAAGUAGGUACCUAGCUUGUACCUAUUUAUAUGCAGCGUUAGUCACCGUGUUGUGGGGUUAUAGUCUGGGAAGGCCCAGUAUUUCGACCCUGGGGUGACCACGAUAAGAGUCUAAAAUAUACUGUAUAUAUAUAUAAACUGGGUACCUGUCCCCCGUCACAUUGAAUUAUGAAUUAACAAUGAAUUAUAAUUGGUUGGAUUAUAAGCAUUUUAGGAUGAAUUUUAUAAGAAUCUAUUAUUAAUUGCAUAAUCUCCAGUUUGAUUUCCUGGAAUUAUUGUCUUAAACUUAAAUAAACUGUCAAAUAUU